AUGCCGUCCGCAAUAACAGACGAAGGUCUGAAGUUCAAUACAAUUGAAGAGACUAUAGAAGCAUUCAGAAAUGGAGAAUUCAUCGUUGUGUUGGAUUCUCAGAACCGGGAGAAUGAAGGGGACUUGAUCAUCGCCGCCGAUGCGGUCACACCCGCAAAAAUGGCGUUCAUGAUCCGCUACACAAGCGGUUAUAUCUGCGCCCCAAUUCUCCCCGAGCUUGCUGCUUCUCUCGAUCUUCCGCAAAUGGUGACGGACAACACAGACCCUAACCGGACCGCAUACACAAUCUCAAUCGACUCAAACGACCCCUCCGUUUCGACUGGGAUAUCUGCCCGUGAUCGCUCUCUGACCUGCCGUAACCUUGCCUCCCCAGACGUCAAACCCACCGAUUUCCGGCGGCCAGGACAUAUUCUUCCGCUCCGCGCUCGACCCGGUGGUGUUCGUGAACGUAAUGGCCACACUGAAGCGACGAUAGAUUUCUGCAGAUUGGCUGGAAAACGAGAGGUGGGCGUGAUCUGUGAGCUUGUGGAAGAUGGUGACGAGAUUGCUCCCAAUGUUGCAGAGAGGACGGAUUGUUCGAUGAUGAGAAGAGAUGGGUGUCUGAGAUUUGGGAAGAGAUGGGGGCUGAAAGUUUGCACGAUUGAGGAUUUAGUGGACUAUUUGGAGAGGACGGAAGGAUCGCUUCCUACACUCAACGGGAAGCAUUGA